GUUGGGCAUCAAAAGUGACAAUUGGGCUAAACAAUUACGAUAAUCUAUGUUUACUUUAGCCGUGCCCCCAAAAACCGAGCAUAAAGUGCCGAAAGAAUUUAUAUUCAUCAAAAAAAGAAUGGCUAUUUUUUGUACUAAUUCUGCUAUGUAUAUAACAUGGCAGAUCCAUCCAAAGUCAGUCAGUUCGUAUGGUAAAUCCGAACCAAAGUACAAUAAAGAUGGCUACAACUAUCAACUCCAUCAAGUUGUGUUUCUGGACAAAGGUGUUAAUGCUGCUGUGGUUCGCUCAACUUGCAAUCGGUGAAUCCAAUUCGAUCUGCAAAAAGAUGCCCUCGCUGGGUAAAGAAGAUAGCGAGGAUAAAUGCUGUAGCAUGCCGGAAGUAUUUCCGAACGAAACGCUUCAUCAAUGUAUGGGAGAUUUGGAGCAAUCCAGCUUGCCGCAGUUGCAGAAAAGUUGUCAAUUUUCCAUCUGUGUGCUGAAGAAGCACAAUCUCUUAAAGGCGGAUCGCGUGGAUGCGGAUCAGAUUAAGGCGUACAUUAAGGACAAAGUAAAGGCAUCGGACGAAUGGAAGAGUCUCAUGGAGAAGGCCGUACUGCAGGACUGUAUGCCAAUGGUGGAGAAGGACAAUGCCAUGGUGAAACAGAUGAAGACAGCUUUAGGCGACUGUGAACCGAUACCGGCCCUAACUGUUGCAUGUGCUGCUGCCAAGCUCUACGCGAACUGUCCCACCAAGGACUACACUGGAAGUCCCUUGUGUGACGAAUGGAAGACAUUCUUGUCGAAGUGCUCCAGCUCAAUGGAUGAUUUGAAUGAAAUUUACAUGCUCAUUGAAACUCAGAAGCUGACGUAAAAUCGUGACACUUGACAUCGGAUACUGGGAUCUUCGAAAUUGGAUUGUAUCAACACUAUUACGCCUUAGCGAUGGAUUGUAAAUCGCCCCCCCAAAAAGUGUAACCAAUGGAACCAAAUAAAAUCUUUAUCGUUUCUAUUUUCGUUUUAUGCAUUGCAAAAAAAAUGUUUUCAUUUCCCUUUUAGCUU